AGCUCGAACUCAGGCGCUUCUUCGGGCCCUAGCCGUGUGAUAGACGCAGAAUGGAGGGCUCAGAAGCAGCGCAAAAGCUUGCACAGACGCCUUCGGAGACAGCACUGACCGUCUGGGAGCUUAUACUCGAAGAUGAUGGCUCGCCAUCCAAAGAGCGCAAGUAUGUGCGCUUGCCGGCGCCAGUGCAGCCAUAUGUGCUCAGGGUCAGCAUGGAAGCUGGUGCGACGGCCUCGAAAGCAGGUGUCUUGCACACCAAUUUCCCCUUGGACGGCUCAGCAUACGAUAGAAAGAGAUUCCAUUCCAUAGACUUGCCAAAGGAUCUGUCGAAGCCCAUCCAUAUCGAUCUGCCCAUCACGUCUGCAGGCGUGUUCGAGUACUAUCUCGAGUAUGACUCUUCCUCCAUCCUGCCAGCUUCAGAUCAGCUUGCCAAAUCGUCCGACCAGUCCACCUUCAAGGAUAGAGCGACAAGGAUCAAGUCACAGCCGGGCUACUUCAAUGUCGAUCCUACCAUGAGCGUGCCUGCCCGAACGCCCAUACUCGAACGCGACACGUUCAAGCCACUGCCUGUUGGCAAGGGCGGCAAGGUCCUGAGCGAGUCUGUCAGCAUAUCGCUGGAUGGCCUGGCUAUACAGACUCUCAUUGCAAAAUGGAUGGGCAGCCUGGACAAGUGGGCUCCUCAUCUUGACGUCACGCGUGAUCGAGGCUACAACAUGAUCCAUUUUACGCCGCUGCAGCAGCGAGGCGAGUCGAGAUCGCCGUACAGCAUAUUCGAUCAGCUUCUCUUCGAUGACGAGCUCUUCACAGAUGCGAAGCUAUCGAAGGAAGAUAGGCAGACUGAGAUUGCAAAGAUGCUCGCCCGAAUUCGCAAAGAAUGGGGCAUGCUAAGUCUGAUUGAUGUUGUACUCAACCAUACGGCGAACAACAGCGAUUGGCUACUAGAUCAUCCAGAAGCAGCCUACAACGGCGUCAACUCGCCUCAUUUAGAAGCAGCGAUUGAGCUUGACAAGGCGCUCAUCAAGUUCUCGGACGAGCUCGAGUCUGUCUACCGACUUUCGCCUGUCAUCGAGAGCGAAUCUGACCUCGCACGCAUUGUUGACCUCAUCAAGAAUAAAGUCCUGCCCGAGCUAGCACUCUGGCAGUACUAUGUCAUCAACGUCAAGGCCAGCAAGACUGAAUUCGAGCAGGCUUGGGCAGACGGCGGGGCUAUCGUCAAGCCGGCUGGCGUACUAGAAGCCGGCAGACAGACCGACCGAGAUCGCGAAGUGCCAGAUCUGGCUGCUUCGGCCGACUUAGGCAAGCUAUCUCGUGCGGAACUCGCAGAAGCCUUUUCUUCAUUCUGUUUGCCUAAGCGAUGGCGCCAACUUUCUAGCCGAUACUCUGCAAAAGUCGAUGUAGCUUCUGCCAUUAAAUUCUUGCAGGUAUCCCUCUCGAUCAAGGCAGGCCCGGACACAGCAAAGCAAGCCACGGAAGAGCUCGGCCACCUGCUAGACGAACUGAACGUAGACCAGUAUAAGCUAUUUGACGACGACGUCAAGGCCAUCUUGAGUAACAUCAGAGGACGCGCAACUUUCAUGCGGCUGGAAGCGAAUGGUCCAAAGAUGGGCAAAAUUACCCCAAAAGCCCGAUUAUGCGAGCCACUAUUCACAUACCAGCCUCAGACUUCGCGAACGAAGCAACACGAUCCACGAGCACUCGUCAUGGCAAACAAUGGCUGGAUGUGGGGCGCUGACCCACUCUCUGAUUUUGCGUCCAGCGGCUCACGAGCGUACCUUCGCCGUGAGAUCAUAGCGUGGGGCGACUGCGUCAAGCUACGGUACGGCAAUGGACCGGAGGACAGUCCCUGGCUGUGGAAGCAUAUGACUGCAUAUGCCGAGCUCCUUGCAGGCAUGUUUGACGGCUUCCGGAUCGACAAUUGUCAUUCGACGCCACUUCAUGUGGGCGAAUACGUUCUUGAUGCAGCUCGCAAAAUCAAUCCAAACCUCUAUGUCGUGGCAGAGCUCUUCACCGGCAGUCAGGAGACCGACGUCAUCUUUGUCAGCCGCCUAGGGUUGAACAGUCUGAUACGUGAGGCAAUGAAUGGCAACGACCCGAAGGAUCAGAGCUCCUUGAUGUAUUCCUACGGCGUACAGAAGCCCAUCGGAUCCAUGGACUCGGACUGUCUGACCGAAGAAGGUCUGGUCACCGUUAAUGGCACGACGCGCAAGGCCUUCAUCAUGCCUCACGCUGGCUCCUCGCCCCAUGCUGUUAUGAUGGACUGCACACACGACAACGACGCCCCAGCGCAGAAGCGUACCGCUGUCGACGCUCUUCCCACUGGAGCCUUGUCUGCCUUUUGCUCAUCUGGCGUCGGCUCCACAAAAGGUUUCGAUGAUCUGUACCCCAAGCUACUCAAUCUAGUAACGGAUACGCGCUCUUAUGAGGCUUAUGACAACCCUUCUAACGGCAUUGGCGCCGUCAAACGAAUCGUCAACCAUCUGCAUAUCGAGAUGUCUGUCAACGGCUUCUCAGAGGCGCACAUCUCGCAAGAAGGGAAUUACAUCACUGCGCAUCGCGUCAACCCGCAAACUCACGAUGGCUAUCUUCUCGUCGCUUACACAGCCUUCAAUGCAAGUACGAAAGGCCGAGGCGAUCCUGCACCGAUCACAUUGCGCGGCACCAGAAUGGACUUCAUUGCAGGUUACGGCUUGAAGAUUGCUGGCGAGGAUCCUGCCGAUAAGAAGAUCCUGAAAGGCUUGCCUGCCGAGCUAAUCGCGUUGACUGCUCCAAAGGUGCAAGGUCUGACGGACGAAGCCGGUUUUUACGCAGAGCUCACGAUACCAGACGACUUCGCCCCAGGUAGCGUUCUGAUUUUUGCGACCAGUAUGCCCAACCUCGACGCAAAGCUCGAUGCGCUUUGUCUCAGUGGCGACAAGAAAGCGUUCGCGGAGCUAGACGAGGUGGACCUCAAUGUCGUCAUGUACCGAGCAGACGGAGAAGAGCGCGACGCGACAGGCGGCAACGAUGGCGUCUACACGGUACCGGGUAUGUCAGCUCUGACGUAUUGUGGCGUCGAAGGCUGGAUGCAUCCGCUGCGCUAUAUCAUGCAGCACAAUGACCUCGGCCAUCCAUUGUGUGAUCACUUACGAAAGGGCACAUGGGCAUUUGGAUACGUAUGGCAGCGGCUCGAACGGCAAGUGGACGUCCAGCCUCGCCUGAAAGCUGUCGCCGCAUGGUACAAAGAAAGACUGGAUGCAGUGAGCGCAAAGGCGCCAGCGUUCCUUCGACCGCGAUACUUUGCCAUGAUCAACAAUGUCGCCAGUAAAGCUGCAAAGGCUCGCGCUCUAGAGAUCUUCGAUCCUUUCGUCAAGACUGGCCCGCAAUUCACUCAGGAUUUAGCUCUCACUGCUCUGCAGAUGCUCGGCCGAGUGCGGUCGGCUUCCAUGGACCCAGGCAAAGAGACUGCCUCUUUGGCUGCUGGUUUGCCCCACUUUGCAGCUUCAUGGGCUCGAGCAUGGGGUCGCGAUCAAGGCAUCGCCAUACGUGGCCUACUCAUUACAACCGGCCUGCAUUCAGCAGCUCGCUUGCACCUCAUUGCGCUCUGCUCCACAAUUCGCUUCGGCCUCAUACCCAAUCUGAUCGAUUCCAUCCGCACACCUCGCUACAACUCUCGCGACUCGCCGUGGUGGGUCAUGCAACUUUUGCAAGACUAUACGAUCCUGUCAAAAGAAGGUAAUGCCUUCUUACAAGCGCCUGUCAAGCGCCGCUUCCCCGAAGACGGCGAGUACGUCGAGUGGAACGAUCCAAAGGCCUAUUCGCGCACGAGCACCGUCGCCGAAUGCGUUCAUGAGAUCCUGCAAGCACACGCCAGCGGCAUUCACUUUAGAGAACACAACGCAGGAUCAAAGAUAGACGAGCAUAUGAAAGAAGACGGCUUCAACAUCGACAUUGACACAGACUGGUCUACCGGAUUCACGUACGGCGGUAACGCUCACAAUUGCGGCACUUGGCAAGACAAGAAUGGAUCGAGCGAGAAAGCAGGCAAUCGAGGCAUGCCGGGCACACCUCGUGACGGCGCGCCGGUGGAGAUCAUUGGCCUCUUGAAGAGCACCUUGCGUUGGGCUGCAGAACUUAGCAGGGAAGGCCUCUUCCCUGCAACCGGCGUCAAAGUCACAAUCGACGGCAAAGCGCGCGAGAUCACUUACGCAGCUUGGAGCGACUUGAUCCAGAAGUCCUUUGAAAGAUGCUUCUAUGUUCCUGUUGAUCCCAGCAAAGAUGGCGAGUACAGCCUGUACACUAAGCUAGUAGCUCGUCGCGGCAUCUACAAGGAUGUCUAUGGCACCGGAAAAGGCCGAGAACGAGCCGACUACCAAUUGCGAGGGCAGUUCCCCAUCGCUAUGGCAGUCGCGCCAGAGCUGUUCGAACCUCUCCAUGCGUUGGGCGCGCUGCACACUGCGCAUCAAGUCUUACUGGGACCGCUCGGCGUGCGCACACUCGAUCCGCAAGAUCCAGAUUAUCGAGGCGACUACGACAAUGCAAACGACAGCACGGAUUACCACAUCGCGCAAGGACUCAAUUAUCAUCAAGGGCCGGAAUGGGUCUGGCCGCUGGGCUACUUCCUCCGAGCUUAUCUGCAUUUCGACCGGCUCGUAGGUGCUGGCAAAGAGGACGCAAACGAGACGAUCCAUCACAUCCAUACGCUACUGCGCGAACACAAGCAGGAGAUCCGUAGAUCGCCUUGGGCAGGCUUACCAGAGCUCACAAAUGCCAACGGCGCUUACUGCCACGACAGCUGUCGCACACAAGCAUGGAGUAUGAGCACGCUCCUCGAUGUCUUGCACGACAUCUACUGCCUUUGA